AUGCUCUUCUCCAGACACGAGAUUGACUCAAAGUCGGACAGGCCAGUCGUCCUAGUCUAUGCCAAGGCUACCCUGGAAAUGGGAAAUCUCGGAAUCACGGGCAAAUGGUUCUCCUGGCAGCUAAAGAGAAACAUUCCCGGCACCGUCGCCGUUCAAGGCGUAGGGUACAACUGCCUGACAAUCCCCUUGUCUCUCGUCAAGGGAGGUUCCGACAGCGCUGCUCAGAAAAUGGUAGACGCUGUGCACAAGGCCGUCAAGCAAAGCCCGGAGAAGAAGAUUGUUCUUUGUGGGUAUAGUCAAGGAGCCUCUAUUAUUCGCAAGGCAGUCAAGCAACUCGGGCCAGAAACACGUGCGAGGAUCACGGGAAUUAUUCUCUUUGGAGACCCUAGCAGAAUUGGAUCCAAGAUGCCAACUGAUGUCGGCGACAAGACACUCAACUUGCGGCUGCCUCUGGACUGGGUUCAUUGGCCUAUAUCUAUCAUCACUGUUACUCACUUUUGGUACCCUUUUCUUUCUUAUGGCGAAGCUGUCAACUUUGUCCGGAAUCAAAUCAACUCUUGA